GGGGCAGGGGCAGGGGCAGGUGGGGUUCGCUCUCAUGGCCGCGUCGCACCGGAUGGUGCUGGGGCCGCUGGUGGGCUCCAUCGAUCAAGGCACCAGCUCCACUCGCUUCCUGGUUUUUAAUGCAAAAACAGCAGAACUCUUGAGUCACCAUCAAGUUGAGAUCCAGCAGAAAUUCCCUAAAGAAGGAUGGGUGGAACAAGAUCCAAAGGAAAUAUUAAAGUCUGUCCAUGAAUGUGUGGAGAAGACAUGUGAGAAGCUGCAACAACUGAACAUAGACAUCACUAAUAUAAAAGCCAUUGGAGUCAGCAAUCAGAGAGAAACAACAGUGGUUUGGGACAAGACAACUGGAGAACCUCUGUAUAAUGCUAUUGUGUGGCUUGACCUGAGAACCCAGUCAACAGUUGAACAGCUUCUUAAAAGAAUUCCAGGACAAAACAAAGCCUUUUUUAAGUUUAGGACUGGUCUUCCACUUAGCACUUACUUUAGUGCAGUGAAAAUUCGUUGGCUUUUGGAUAAUGUGGAAGGGGUUAAGCAAGCAGUUGCUGAUGGAAGAGCUAUGUUUGGGACUAUUGAUUCAUGGCUUAUAUGGAGUUUGACAGGUGGAAAGAAUGGAGGCGUUCACUGUACAGAUGUAACUAAUGCCAGUAGAACAAUGCUGUUCAACAUUCAUUCCUUGGAAUGGGACCCUGAGCUCUGCCAGUUUUUUGAUAUUCCUAUGGAAGUACUUCCAAAAGUACGAAGCUCCUCUGAGAUUUAUGGCCUGAUGAAAAUCUGUCCUAGUCUGAAAUCUGGAGCUUUGACAGGUGUACCAAUUUCUGGGUGCUUGGGAGACCAGUCUGCUGCUCUUGUUGGGCAAAUGUGUUUUCAAGACGGGCAGGCAAAAAAUACGUAUGGAACAGGAUGUUUCUUGCUGUGCAAUACAGGUCAAAAGUCUGUGUUUUCUGAGCAUGGUCUUCUAACCACUAUAGCUUACAAACUGGGCAGAGACAAACCUGUUUGUUAUGCACUAGAGGGAUCUGUUGCAAUAGCUGGUGCUGUUGUUCGUUGGCUGAGGGACAAUCUAGGUAUCAUUAAGACUACACAGGAAGUUGAAAAAUUGGCUGCGGAAGUGGGGACUUCUUAUGGCUGCUACUUUGUGCCAGCAUUUUCAGGACUGUAUGCACCAUACUGGGAACCCAGUGCAAGGGGUAUUAUCUGUGGCCUUACUCAGUUUACAAAUAAAAACCACAUCGCCUUUGCUGCACUAGAAGCGGUCUGCUUUCAAACCCGAGAGAUUUUAGAUGCCAUAAACAAGGACUGUGGAAUACCACUAAAUCAGUUACAAGUAGAUGGAGGAAUGACCAAUAACAAAGUCCUCAUGCAACUCCAGUCAGACAUUCUUUGUAUUCCAGUUGUAAAGCCAUCAAUGCCUGAAACAACAGCUCUAGGAGCUGCUAUGGCUGCAGGAGCUGCAGAAGGAGUUGGAAUUUGGAGUCUGAAUCCAGGAGAUUUGACAGCAGUGACAUGUGAACGAUUUGAGCCACAAAUCAACCCGGAGGAGAGUGAAUUUCGCUAUGCCAGAUGGAAGAAAGCUGUGGUGAAAUCUAUGGGCUGGGAGACAUCUCAAGCUCCUUCAAACGGUGACACUAGUAUCUUCUGUAGUCUGCCUUUGGGUUUUUUUAUUAUGAGUAGCAUAAUAAUGUUAAUCGGAGCGAAGUACGUCUCAGUCAUCAGUAUAGUAGGUUUGAGGAUUGAAUCUGCUGAGGAUUGAAUUCAUCCUUCAUGUGCUGAAACAGCAGUACUGGUAAAUGAGACUACUUAAUGGACUUUCUGGAUCCAGCAGACUUUGUUUGUUUUCUUUUGUUUUAUUGUCUGAAAAGAUUCCACCACAAAUGUGAUUAUACUACUUGUUUGUCUAAAUCCAUUCACAAAUCCAUCUGUUGCCAGUCCCUGAGUAACUUCGCAGCGGUACGCUGAAACUUAAGUCUUCAGCCCUUCGUUACUCUGCUCCCUUCCCCAUCAACUCCCAAAUGCACUGGAGGCCUUUCCAUGGACUAUCUCACAUUAUCCUCUAAAAUUUCACAAGCCCUAGCUCUGUUUGGGAAAGUUGUUACAAAAAGCCCUGCAGUUUCCGAGGUAAUGUCAGAUAUUUAGCUAUCCUUUUUUAGGGCUCUUUACACAACACUGCAGAAUGUUAAUGAUGCACUGUAGAACUUCAGUCUUACAAUUCUUGCAGCUGCUGUGAAUUACCUUUCAUUGGUAUAUGGUUGCCAAAGAUGUUUGAUGGUAGUGGGCACUGGUCUGAAACAUGUUAAAUUGUACAAACCUUUUAAACACUAGCUCAAAAUGUGUUAUUAGUAGCACAUAUCAACAUGGGUUUGACAAUGAAGAGGUUGCUGCUAUGGUCCACAGAGUACUGUUGCAAUGGUCAAUCACAAAGUUUAAAAGUUUUGUUAGGCUUCUGGAUGAUGUAGCCAGUUUGCCCAUUGUAAGUAUUUAAGACACUAUGUUCUCUAACUGUACCUUUAAAGAGAUGGGAGUAAACAUGUUUUGGUUCAGGCCAUGUUUCAUGUUCUUGUGCUUUUGUGCUAGCUGGGAAAGACAAAUUUGAUACAGCAUGCUAUUUACAGGGCAAAUUCUUGCUCCUCAGCAACUAAUAACUGUUAAAACUACUCUGUACAAUGCACUUUUAUUGACUAGUACUGCAUAUAUUCUUUCGUCCUGCUUAAUGAUAUUUUAGUGACUAUUUGUUAAACUUUGAAAGUUAAAGCUAGCUUAGUUUUUCUUAAAGAAAGUUUACUCCAAAUUAAAUAUAAGUCCUUUAGUUAUUGAUCUCGUUUAGUAUAUCUCAGGGACCAAAAUCUCCCUAGAAGUUUCCAUGCCCAUAGUUUUAAAAGCAAGUUAUGCUGGGAUGUACAAAAUACGCUGAGACAACCCAAAACACUGGCUUGGAAGAAUAAGCACUUGGCACCUGAAAUAAGCCACUGAAAUUCAAUAUGUGUGACAGCUGAGUUGUGCCUACUUCAAAACUUUUUAUCCUUUACAGGUAAAGGAGUGAGGCUAAUAACCUUGCCUUCAGCUUUCCUGUUUGUACCAACAGUAUGACAAAUGCCAGACUUAUUGGUUAGGUCAGAAAAAAUGUGUUCCGAUAUAGUGUCAUUACAUCAGUAUAGGAAGAUGGUGAGGUUAGAUGUGGGAUCAACAUGGAGAAUUUCAAAGAUGUGUUGAAAUGCACUAGGAGUUAAAGGGAGCGGGUUUUUGUGUGUGUUUGUUCUUAAAGAUUUUCGUCUUUAAAAAGUAGUCUUUAAGAAAGUUUGUUGUUAUUUGUUAAAGUAUGAUUAGAGACUUAGUUUUUAAAAAGAUGUUAAAUAUGUGUGUGUCUGAAGCAGUGGACUGCAAAGAAGUUCAAAUCUGUACAAUAUAUUUAAUAUCAAAUGCAUAUUAAUUGCCUUCUUAUUAUUAAGUGCAAUGACCUUUGACAAUGUGACUUUUAGUUAAGAAGUUAGAGAAGAACAUUUUUCGUCCUGUGAUUGCAUGUCUAAAUUCAAGAGAGGGACUUUUUGUGUAGAGAUGAAAACAUACCAACAUCAUUCAAAUCCCAUAUCUCUUAUAAAUGCUUAAAUGUGAGGUGUGACAACUAACGUUUCUGGGUUUUCCAGUUUGUAUUGGAGAGAUGAAGAGUGAAAAUGGAUAUGAACACAUAGAAAAAUCUUUAUGCUCCUGAGCUUUACUCAGAGCUGUUGCUGAUCCUACCUUACCCCAAGGAACAGGACUAACAGCAGCCUUUGGAGCACAGUGGGCAAGGGCAGCACACACCUCAAAUACUGGACUUCAGAGUAUAUCUGCUUGCCAAAAACACUGAAGUACUGAGCCUGGGAAUGAUUAAUGUUGAAGUGUUAUGUAUGUGGAGCGGGAAGGGUAGCACAUAAUACAUAGGACGAGGAUUUUUUGCUGCUUUUCUCACUUAACUUCUACUGGGAAACACAAGUCCUAUUAUUUUUUCACUGAGUUAAAAUAAUUAUUUUAUUUUCAAUUGCUGUUGCAAAUGUUUUUUAAGAAUUUCACACCACUGUUAACUUUCUACCAACAUAGUUGAAAUAUAUUGUAAACUGUAUGUUGGGGGAGACAAACUGUUGAAAGUUGGCUUUUUGUGAAGCUCUGACUUAUUUUUUUUCUAUAAAUUUUCAGAUUUAUAAAUUCUUACUUGAGAAAUGCAUUAACUUGGUAUUAAAAUACCUUAAAUAAAUUUAUGUAAGCUGUCAGUUUAUUCUUGCA